GUGCCUUCGCUUGCAAGAUGGUACCAUUUGUUCAAUCCACUGCUAUUGUAACUGAGAUUCUUACAAUGACCUGCAUUGCUGUGGAAAGACACCAGGGAAUUGUGCAUCCAUUAAAAAUGAAGUGGCAGUACACCAAUAAAAGAGCUUUCACGAUGCUAGGCAUAGUCUGGUUGCUGGCAGUUAUUGUUGGGUCACCUAUGUGGCAUGUGCAACGACUUGAGGUUAAAUAUGACUUCCUAUAUGAAAAAGUGUAUGUUUGUUGCUUGGAAGAAUGGGCGAGUCCGAUUUAUCAGAAGAUAUAUACGACCUUUAUUCUUGUUAUACUCUUCCUUCUUCCAUUGAUGUUGAUGCUUUUUUUGUACACUAAAAUUGGCUAUGAACUCUGGAUUAAGAAAAGAGUGGGAGAUGCUUCAGUUCUUCAGACUAUUCAUGGGAAUGAAAUGUCUAAAAUAUCAAGGAAGAAGAAGCGGGCAAUUGUAAUGAUGGUGACAGUGGUGUUUCUCUUUGCAGUCUGCUGGGCCCCUUUCCAUGUGAUUCACAUGAUGAUAGAAUAUA